GCGCAGUUACCGCAGCUUGUAUCCUCUUGAACAGCUCGAGCGUCCCCCAGCCUCGGCGCGUGAGAGCCAUUCAUAGCAAACAGCAACACAGCGAACAUGUCAGACAAGAAACAGACCGUGGACCUGGGCUUACUAGAGGAGGAUGACGAGUUUGAAGAAUUCCCAGCGGAAGGUAAAUGAUCAAAACAGAAUAUAAGCUGUCAUUGGGUUUGUUUGCGUUUUAUUUAACGCUGUUGUUACGUAUAUUUCACAGUGAUGGGCCCAGCGACAGUGACUCAGCUAGCAUAGCUAAGGUAGCCAUAGCAUGAGUUAGCAUUUUAGUUUUGAAAUACCAGGUCGUUAGGCCUACCUAAUGGUUGACUUGGGUGGUUUAUAUAUUUGUGUCACAGUUAUCGUGAGUUUGGCAUCGUGUCUUUUUAUAUUCCAGACGUAAACUCCGCUGUUUUGCUAACGAAUGCUACAUCUGUAUCCUGACGUGUUUGCUAGCUAACGAGCUAAACUGUUAGCCACACAGGUGAUCCAAUGUGUUGUUACAGAGUUCUACAGUUAUUUUAGUCAGACAGGUUGGGAUAACACGGCUGAUGUAAGAGUUGCACACCUUAAAUCUUAAUUUAAGUGGGACUGUGUUGUAUCCUUAGACUGGACGGGGCUGGACGAGGAUGAAGAUGCUCAUGUUUGGGAAGACAACUGGGAUGAUGACAACGUCGAGGAUGAUUUCUCCAACCAGCUGAGGUGAUCUGAACCUGCAACAAACACUUUGACUUCACACAUGUGGUUUUUAAGCUUGUGUAUUACAGACUAGCAGGAUUUGGACAUGCUUUAUAAGCUUAAUACGUCGUGCAUUUAUCUUAGCCUCUCGCAUGUGUAGUGAUGAUGAGUCAGCCUUGGUUUAACUCUUAAUGAUACAAAUCUGCUUAUUUGAUGAACAUAAACUUAUUAAAACAAACAAACUGACAUGUUGUUACCAUCAAAUAGUAAUUGAUUAAAAAGGGAACAAUUGAAUAAAUAUUUCCAUUGUUAACUCUCUCAAAUGUUUGUUUUGAUAAUAGUUUCUUGCUCAGGCUGAGGGACAGAAAUCUAGGACGUGUUUUUAUUUACUACCUAAAUUCUUUUAACCAGAGUAGACACUGACAGCUCCAGUGAUCAGUGAAUUGUGUUUAAUACUAUGAAUCAGGACUAAAUCUUUGACAUGGAUCUCAUGACACCAUCACAAAGAUGUAAUUCAGGGUCAUGACGCCUCUCUCAACAACAAUAAUCAAUAAUAGCUUUAAGAUCCGUUGAGAAACUUUAAGUUUGACUGGUUUUCUUUUGUGACCCCUGAGGACAAUGCUGGGCAGCUAAUCUUCAUGCUGAUCUUAAUUUUAAUGUCCAGCUUUCAAUUCAUGACAAGUCAUUGAAAAAUGUUACAACUCCAGUCGGCUGUGAAUCUCCUUGUCAGGCGCCUUCUUCAUAUUUAGAUUGACAUCCAUGUAAAAUAACUUAAAGAGAGAAUUUUUUAUUUUCUGUUGGCUGAAGCUGCUUUUGUUAAUAUUAUCAUUUUUUUCUUACACCUCAUUGGAGCAUUAAAUAAAAAAGUUUAAAAUAUGCAGGUUCAAUUGUUGGCCAAGAAGAAAACUUAAAGAUGCGUAAUUAAUCACAAUUUCAAUGUUAUCACAUUAUGAGCACUUGCAGUAAACACACUGCAGAUGUCUGAAUCUGUCAAAAUAAAGAAAUAAAUAGUAUUUCAUGUGAACAAAACAGUGCUUGUUUUGUGACUAUGGUUAUGUUAUACCAGUUGGAUGGAAACCUGGAUGUAAUAGCCACCUUUCCACUCUACUUUGAAACAGUCCAUGCAGAUGAAGAUGCAGAUGAAGCUAGCCUCAGCCUCCCUCAGAUCAAUUAUUGCAAUACAAUAGUGCUCAAGGGUUUAUGUUAAGUUCAAGAGAAACAUGUUUCAAACUUGGGUAUUGAGCAAAACAUGAAAACGGCUGAUUGACAUAGAAACUAUUUGUUGUUGAACAGCUUCUCUUAUAAAUAUUUAUUUUAAACACUUAAAUGUUAUUUUUCUCACAGCACAGAUUUAUUUUUAAUCGUUUUUCUUGUAUAAAAAUUUCUGGGUCUUAUUCAUCAUUCAGCUUCUCUCUGAUAGCUCGAGGUUUUCUUUGUGUUGUAGGACCCUGCAUGUUUCACUUGAAUCAUCUGAAAGGCACACACACACACACACAAAUCAAGUCAAACAUUUACUGAACUCCACUGAGCUGAGCAGGGUUUGUCUCGUGAUAAUCAUGCACUACUACACAAAAAUAGUUUUCGCUGUAAUACUUUUUAGGAUUUUUCGGUUUUCAACACCUCACUUGAGUAAUCAAUAAGUGUUUGUAGAUAAGUGGUUGUUCUGUUUUUAUUUGAGUACACUUAAGACAGUAAUAUGCUAUUGUUUUAUUUUGUCCAAUUAUGAUAGCCUUGCUAUUAAGUUGUUGCUAUAAGAUAUCAUUAUUGUUAAAGGGCACAGCUGCCAUAUAUGUAAUCAUCAAAUCCAUAACUGUACGCAUUAUGCAAUAUUUAUAUAUUCCUUCACUCCCAUCUCUUAAUGGUUCUCACAAUCAAUAGCAGAGGGUACUUAUGCCUCUACCGCCCACCUGUAAUCAUCUCUGCUGACUUGAUCUUUCUGUUUUCUUUUUCCUCCCCACAGAUCUGAGCUGGAAAAACAUGGUUACAAGAUGGAGACUUCAUAACGGCUGACAAGGCCUGUCAGUAGUGGAUGGCUCUGGAUAUGGACAUUAAUAUUUGAAUAUUACCCGUCAACCACAUACCACAUGCAGAAGAUUUUGGAGGAUGUUCAUUUUUUCUUUUUUUGUAAGAAAUAUUGAUGGAAGUCAAGUAUGUAGAAAUAAAGUUCCUUUGGUUAUUUUGCUGACUAACUUACAAUCUUCAGACAAUAGCAUUUCUAGGGAAUAAAUGUUAAUUUUUUAAUGCAUUACAACUGGAUUUAUUUCCCUUUUUUCUGUUAAUCUUUACUCCUUAACACGUACAGGUUCUCACCAUCUAGCCAGUAAAUCUUGAGGGCAUUUUUGAGUAAUAAUGCAAACAUUGUCAGAGCCGUAUUUUGAAAUAAUUACAUUACAACUGCUUUUGUACCACCAGGUCAUAAAGCACAGGUAGUGAUCAAAGUGAAUUUGAAAUUGAUGGGUAUUGCUGGCGAGCUCACCCAUGUCCAUUGUCUUCAGAUUAGUUCUUGCACCAUGUUCUUUAUGAAUGCAUAAACAAAAUUUUUUCAUGAGGUUUUGAUUUUUUUGGACAGAAGACUCAAGAUUGGGCUAAAAUAUCUCUGAAAUAUUGUCUUUUUAAAGCUGAAAAUCUCUGCUGAUUUACACCUAAGAAGUAACCUACAUUAAUCUGUGAUGGACGGCUUGUUUUUGCCCUUUUGACGGUCAAAUUUGGACGACAUGUAUAUAUGUCGUCCAAAUUUGUAGUCCAAACUGAAUAUACACAAAUAUGAAUAUGUGUAUAUUCAGUUCAGCUACUUAGCAGAAUGUGUUAUUUCUGAUCAUCGUGUACUCUUACAUUAGGCUCUGUUUAGUUAAGCUCUCAAAGUGAGUGUUUUAUGCUGCAGAAAAGAAAUAUACAGUAUUUUCAGGGAGAAACAGACAUGCAAGUAAGCUGUUUACAGUGCAAAUACACAUAACGUGAACAAGUGUGUUUGUGGCGCAUGCAACACACACACACACAGAGGCAGUUCCUCUGCACAGUGCUGCAUAACAGCCCCCUUCCCUCUCAGCCCCACAGCGCAGGGCCGAGUCCCUGAAGGAGAGAUUAUCCACUGCCGUGUUUGUCAGAGGCAGGGAGGGGGUCUCAGCAUGGGGCCUCCCAGCCGGCCUUGCCUGGGCCUGCCCCUACUGCCAGCCAGGCCCUUCUCUUCCGCUUGGCACAGCGGGGACUCUUGUACUGAACCAGAGGCCAAUUUAUCCCCGCCACACUCCCCCGGCAAAAUGAUUUCUCUCAGUGUUUUGUCGACUCUCAGUCCCAGGGUCCUAAUGAGGUGAAAUGGAUGCCAGUAAGACCGAGGCAGCGAGAGCAGCUUUCAUCCUGAAAACAACAUGUACCCUCUGGCUCCUGAAAGACGAGGUAACAUUAAUACGAGAACUUGAAUGCUGUUCCUAUGUAGAGGUUUUAUAACUGAGAGUGUCUGCUUUCUGCAACUUUUACACAAUUAAGAAUGUGAUUUUACUGAUAAGCAAUCAGAAAUUUUAUAUGGCUACAUUGAGCACGCAAGAAGCCUAAUGUCUGAAGUUCAUACUCUACAUAAAAUCCCCAUCCUUGUUCCUGCUUUUCCUUCAGCAUCUCUUCCUAUUCCUUAAAAACCCCACUCUGAUGAAAUGAUGUUUUUUUCUAGUUGGCUACAUGUUCAUAUAGUAUUUUUCUGAUGCUACAGGACAUAUCACAAGAAAACCAAGUGCAAAAUUGCAUUUCUGAGUAUUUCUGCAUUCAAACCUGUCUCAAACUUUUGGUUUGUGACAAUUUUGGUAUCCCCUGGGGAUAAAGGAGGCUUUGCUUAUCUUAUCCAGUGUGAGCAGUGUAAGAGAAGAUAUUCCUUUAUUAGUCCCACAGGGGGAAAAUCCAAUUAGUGUCCUCCGACAAAUGAAAAAAUCACAUUUUUUCACUUGCCAAAUUAGAAAUUUAUUGUAAAUAUUCAACAUAAAACGUUUAGCAGUUAGCUAAGCUGACACCUACACUCACACUGGUUUCAGGCAUUAAAGAUGACAAUAUUAAAACUGUUAAUCUUGUUGCAUUUGUAUGUCAUAAAAAGGCGUAAAUAUGAAUUACAGUUUAAAAAACUCCCCACUGAUCUUUAAUGGAAGAAUUUUUUUCG